AUUAAGUUGGGUAGUAUCGUUUAGUUUAGUUUGUAUAGUAAAUCUGUUUUAUUAGGGAUUGGUGGGAUGUUUUGAUUCUUGGUUACUUUGGCUUAUAAGUGCUAUUAGUUUGUGAAUUAUGUUACACAAAAAAUCUGAGUAUAGAAUUCAGUACAGCAAACUAAACAAAGACUUAAGAAGACAAAUUUGGCAAGAUAAUAUAGCUUUAAGAAAAUCCCGUUUGCUGUCGAAUCAAGCAACUCAUUAUUGGCAGUAUCAGCUGAGAGACGAUGUCUGCGAUUGUGAGCCAGAUGAAGAAGAAUUUGAUGAAGGACCAGUUCCUCCUCACAAGCAAAAGCAUAACAAUUUGAGGGAACUGUAUAGGCAUAACGCAGGGAAUCCAGAAGUCCCAUCUCUGAGCUCCACACAUAAGGAUGCUCGAGAGAUAGCGGUGCAGACUCCUGAGUGGGAGGGAGAUGAGCCUGACAGCAGAUUGUUGGAUGACACGAGUGAAGAGGAGCUGAUGAGGAACAUGAGUUCCCUGACUCUGCCGGAAGCUAAAUAUAGUCAAAGUCGUCCGGCGAGCCCGGUGCCUCCAAAAGUCCCUCCCACCCCUUUGUCUCGGCCCAGAACUGCUCGGUCUCUGUCUCGUCCCUCUCGCACCACCAGGAAACUGCACACAGAGAGUAAACAGACCCACUUUGUUCCUUUUGGGUGGAACGAGGCUAACACUGAUGUCGGACACAAACUUACGUACAAUGUCUCUGCACCUCGGAAAGAGGUACAUGAAUCGGCUGUGAAUGCAUCGCAACGAAGAAAAGCUGAGAUAGACCAGUUUUUGGCUCAAGAGAAACAAGUGAAACAUGUCACCAGAGCGAGAGAACGGACAGGUUCGAAUGCGAGCAGCCAGUGGAUGAGUGAGUACCAGGAACAAUUCUCCAUGCGAGGUGGAAGUCGCAAUAUUCGGCCACUCUCAGCGCCUCCUGUAUCGCGACAGCCAGUCACCUGGCGACAUAGCUGAUUGGCAGUCGGUCCGAGUAGCCCCUGGACCAGCGAGUAUCGUGCCCAAUUCACAGACAAAUCGUUAGUGCGCGAGACUAGAGCGUACUCGGCUCCUCCUGCCCCGAGAUAGCUAGCACAUCAGAUAUACGGCAUGUGAUGUUUUAAACGUCAGGUCUAUUUGAUAGCUUUAAGCAAUAUAGUUUUGAAUUUAUAUUUACUUUUAGUUUAAUUUUAUUUGGUGUGGUGUUGUAAAUGGAUUAAGGUAUUUUGUAAUGUUUAUUUACUUAAUGUUUUGUUCGUUCCAUUAUUAGAAAUCAUAAUGUUUGUUGACUCUUAAAAUAGAUUUAUUAUUUUAUAUUUGAAUUCUAUGCUUGUGAUAUUUCUAAAACGUGUAGUUGUAUAGAGUAGGCCUACAAAUGCAAUGAUCUAUUUAAAGAUAGCCUACUAUUUUCUGCAGUAUACUGUCAAUAAACCCUAGAUUGUUACUAGCAACGAUAGGUUUGUGCAAUAAUUAUAUAUUAUAUUUAAUAUUACUAUUUUGUAGAUCUCAAAGUAUUUAACUAACUUAUGCGAUCUAUUUUUUAUAAUCUGAAUAGUUACCUUGCAUGCAAAUAAGUUAUUAAUAAAUUAUUUUACAUUUUGUAAUUUAUUAAAAUAUUUAUAGUAGAUUUUGUAAUUUCAAAGUAAAAAAUUAAUUACUUAGUAAAUAAUAGACAUUAUAUAAAAUCUUGUAUCCUUAUUUUCUUCUCGUGUUACGGAUAUUUCUGCUCUACAAAUAGACUAUAGUAUAAUGUAGCCUAAACAAGUUGAACUCUGUUACAAAGAAACACUUUAUUAUUCAGGGUUUUCUGAACCACUUUAAAAUCUCUAAGUAGCAUGUUCAAAGAGUCAAAAAUAAGACAUUUCUUCCUAGAAACAUCAAUUUGCAAAUGCCUUCUUUCAUAACUAACCAUACGUCUCCAAACAGAUUCAAAAAUUUAAUUUUCCAAAAAGACUUAGAAGGAGAACUCUUGUCCAGUACCUGAAAAUAGAUUAUUAUUACAGCAGGCGAAUUUAUUAAAAAAUGAUACAUAAUUAAAUUUAUGUAUUUGAGUGUUACAUUUAAUUAUAUCCAUUUAAAAGCUGUGAUAAGUAAAACGUGUGAUAAAGUAAAGAAAAAUAUACUUUUUAUUGCAAAAUUCUUGGUGAAGGUCAAAAAUAUAAAUAUUUGGGGUGCUAUUUUCUUGCAAUAAAAUUUUUGUUUGCAAAAUUUACCCAGAAAUUUAAAGCCUUUCUUGAUGGAAUAGAAGUGGUGAUAGAUAAAGCAACAGAAUGUUUGAAGUGGGUUAUAUUUGAAUUAUCUUCACUGUAGCUUAAAGGUAAGACUGUGGAACUCUAACUGAGAGGUCACAGGUUUGAUUACCAGUUAGGUCAAUACAAGAUUGCUCCUAGGAGGUUUUAAAUAGGACCAGAAACAUCCUGUAUCAUAUUUAUUAUGUACAAAGGCUGUCCGGAAAGUAUAUAUAUUCAGUGAAUACUCCUUAUCUUUGGCAGUUACUGUUAUCAGAUUCAGCAUGCAUUACUCUGUACUCUCCUGUUUGCACCGAGAAUAGCUCUCAUUCAUACCUUUAAUAUGUCGGCUAUCAAUCAGUUUUGAGUGUUUCUUAGUCCUUCAUCGGAUUUUUUCCUUAAAAAUGAUGGAACAUUCAGAUUAGUGAAUUUACUUUUUGCUUUAAGUUUUAUUUAAAACUCGGGAAAACAUGUGCGGAGACGACUCAAAUGAUCCAGCAAGCCUUUCAGGUAGAAGCCUGUUUUGUUUAGAAGCACAAUUCACCCUGUUUUCCGUGAAUUUGUGGUUCAACUGUUUUAAAAAUUGUCACAUUUCGGUUGUAAGUUAUCCGCAUUCUGGUUGCCCUCAUCAACGCUAACUCCUGAAAACAUCAAACUUGUGUGGUUAGUGAUACAAGCAGACAAUCAUUUCAAAGUGCGCAACUUGGAGGAAGAUUUGGACAUACAAAAACCAUUGGUGUCAAAAUUGUGUCUGAGAAUUUGGGUUUGAAAUGAGUGUCUGCAAAAUUUGUACCAAUAUUGAUUACCAAAGAUCAAAAAGAGAGGGUGUUGAAGUUACACAAUACUUGUACAAAACCAUGACUACCAACCCAAACUUCUGGCUGUUCCCAAAGAAACCAGAUUUCAAAGCGUUCAAGAGAUCAAAAUCUGAAUGUAACAGCGGAGCUCAUGGCGAUCUCGAUACUGACUUGGCGACUUGUUUUUUGAAGUCGGAGGGUUGUUUGAACAAGUAUAUUGUGUUCAAUGGAGUGUAUUUUGAGUGAGACUAAUGGGUUAUGCUAGUUUUUCAGUAAUACCAAAGUAUUGGAUACUUUCCGGACAGCCUUUAUAUAUGAAGACAAGCUUAUCUAUUUGUAUGCUGACAAACAAGUUCCAUCAAAGUUCAAUAUGAGACAAUAAGGUGGUAAUUUAUACCAACAGAACUAAAGCUUUCAUUGCUGGUGUAGAUUGUGCUUUGUCUAAAUAUACAUGUGCUUUUAGCUGCAUUUAAAUUAUAAAAAUACCACUGAGAAAAAGUAAAGCAUAUGUUGUUGAAUAUUGUAAGAAGAUACUGAUUUAGAGAAACUUAUGUAUUUAUUUUACUUUUAAUCAUUAACAUUCAGGUCUUUUAAAAACUGUUAAGUCCGUCACCCCUUCAGUGUAAUUCUUCCCUUUUAAUUCUACUAAUUACCAGUUGGUUUGGUAAGUAGUUUUGAGUGCAUGUCAAUUUUAAAUAUUAAAAUAUUUUAAGAAUAAUAUUAAUUCCUCUGUAUGGAAAAUUUAAGAGUUUUAAAUUAUUAUAUGUAAUUAAUAUACAUUUUUAAUGAAUAGUUACUUAGUAAAAUAUUUUAAAUGUAAUUUCUUAAAAUUUUCAAAUUAAUGCAUUAAUUUCUCUUAAAUAUUUUUCACUGCUCUAUUUUAUGGUCCAUCAAUUUGGUACGCAAAUUUAAAAAAAUCCGUACACAAAUUGUCUAAUUGUAAUCAUAAUGAAUAAAUUAUUUAUCAGGUUAAAUAAGGUCCAUUAAGUCCUUUUUUUAAACUUAAUCCUCAACAGUUAAAAUAAAUAGUACCAUUUUUAAAAUAUAAAAACCAUUCAUCUUAACAAUAUAUUUAAAUAAAUAAAACAUAAAAAUUAUGGUGGUUAGAUACAUGAAUGUGUAGAAACAAUAUACACAUUAUUAGUCAACUAAAACUAUCAGGUAAAAUAAGCAGGACAAAUUGUGAAAAAGCAAAUUGUAGUGAAAAAGUGAAUUUACAGCCUGUGGUGAAGGAUGGGGGAGAUUCUUUACACAACAUGAAUAUUUAUUUGCAUGGCAAUUGUUGACUUGCUUACUACCACAUUUAGUACAUUGCCUUAUCUUAAACUUCGAAUAAUAGAGUAAAAACUUAUUGGAGAUUUAAGAGAUAUGCAUAGCAAGGACUUUGAGCUACAGAGGGUAAACUCUUUAUGUAGCAUAUGUCCAUUUAGAUACAACACGCUGGUUGUGUCUAGGAUCAAUUGUGUUAAAAACUAUAUAUUUUCCAAGCAAAGAGUUAAACUGUUCCAGAAAAUAUAAAAUUGUAAGGUGUUUAUAUAUAUAUAUA